AUGCCCAUGCUACGACCAGCCUGGCACAGAGGAGGGUGGGCACAAGGGAGUACCACAGUCUCUCCCUUACUCCUACUGCUCCUCUCCAGUCUGCAGGUAAAAUGGUCACCACUGACGCUUAAAGAGUUGAUCUCUAAAAGGAAUGAAUAUAGGGAGAACUGCACCAGGAUUUUAGCAGAAAGCUCCUUCUCAGGAACUGGAACCUACUGUAAUGGGACGGUUGACCUAUUUGUGUGUUGGCCCCACUCAGCUCCUGGUAACGUGUCAGUGCCCUGUCCUUCUUACCUCCCCUGGGUCACAGAGGAUGACUCCAGGAGUGUGUACAGGCAGUGUCUGUCCAAUGGGAGCUGGCGACUCCAGGAGAAUUCUUCGGAAGCCUGGCGGGACCAGAGAGAAUGCAAUGAGAAACGUUUCUUUGAAGCCGAGGAGAAUGAGGUGUUUCGCCAAGGAGCACUGAGGGUUAUCUCCAUUGUCGGCUACGCUCUGUCCCUCUUCUCCCUCUCUCUGGCCACUCUCCUCAUGGGCAUUCUCAGGAAGCUCCACUGUACGAGGAACUACAUCCACAUGAAUCUGUUUGUGUCGUUCAUGAUGAGAGCCAUAGCCGUUUUCAUAAAGGAGAUCGUUUUACAUGUCAUGUACACCAAGCUACCCAUUGACGACCCAGGGUGGAACUCAUACUCCAACUCAGUGAUAGCGAUGGUAUGUAAGGCCUCCCGGAUGUCCAUGGAGUAUUUUGUAGCCUGUAACUACUUCUGGCUCCUGGUGGAAGCCAUCUUCCUCCACACUCUCCUCUUCACCGCCGUCCUCACCAAGAGACGGCUGCUCAAGAGAUACAUGCUCAUUGGCUGGGGUACUCCAUUCGUGUUUGUGGUGCCAUGGACAGUUACCAAAGUUUUAUUUGAAAAUGAAGGGUGCUGGGCCAAUCAGGAUAGAUGGAUCUGGUGGAUAAUAAGAGGUCCGAUCACUGUAUCUGUGUUGGUUAUUUUCUACAUAUUCAUCAAAAUACUAAUGCUGCUGCUCUCAAAGUUAAAAGCAGACCAAGUGAGAUUCACAGACUACCGAUACAGCUUGGCCAGGGCUACACUAGUCCUGAUCCCUUUACUGGGAAUCCACGAGGUGGUUUUCACUCUCCUGAUUGACGAGUGUGUGGAGGGAAACACCCGCUAUGCCAGGAACGUCAUCAACCUCACCCUCAGCUCCUUUCAGGGAUUCCUGGUUUCUGUGCUGUACUGCUUCGCCAAUGGAGAGUUCCAGGCGGAGCUGAAGAAGCACUGGCAGCUCUUCCGGUUUACGAACCACUUCCAGGUCACGCCCUGUAUUGACUACCGGGAUGCGCCCCUCAAACACCUCUGGAAGUGGUCCAGAGGCCGACGCUCCCAUCAAAACAAAUCAUAUGAGGAGGAGGAGGGUGGGCCUGCCACACACUCACACCUGCUGCAGGUGGCCUGGCAGGGGGACGGAGGAGGGGGAGAAGGAGGGGCGGUGGCAGGGUGGAGAGGAAGGGGGAGAGAAAUGGGAGGAUUGGAGUUCCACACCAGGAAGAGUUUGUCAGGUAGUGACGGAGAGAUGACGCUGGGAGAGACGAUGGAGGACAUACUGGAGGAGAGCGAGUUCUGACCUCCUUUUCUCUCCAGACUGCUAUGAACUGUUACGGGGGCUCGUUUCCUUAUCAAAUCAAAAAAUCUAAUCAAAUCUAAUUUAUUUAUAUAGCGCUUCGUAUAUCAGCUGAUAACUCAAAGUGCUGUAC